AGGUGUCUGUUGCUGCUAUUCCUAUCUUGACCGUUAUGAAUCCGAUAUUACCCAUUGUACCUUUAAAUAGCAUCAAAAUAAUUCCACCGGGGAAUCCAUGAGAAUCUGGCCGCCCUGGGUUGAAGAUUCUUUUGUAGCUAUAGUUGAAGAAUUCUUAGAUUUCGGCUCGUUUCUAUUGCCGUGCGUCUACGUCACGAUUUCUCUUUGGCUGUACAAAGGUCACCAGCUCGGUCGCAGUCUUUUCAGGUCAUUGUGUCGAAGUUCCAACUGAUUCCGGGCAGGUUUUGCUUUUAUCGCCUCCAAUAUUGCUGAAUGACUAACUCGAUAUAGCUGCCUUUCCCGUUGGACGAUGCUUCCGUUUAGUCGCUUUAAAAUGUAUUUUGCUCGGAGUUCUGCGUGUUUUAAACAUGCAGGACGGUGCUUUCUAAACACCAACAACGGACCCACUUAUCCGCCGGUGAAAUUUAAUAUAAAACCCGAUUACAAGUGUUUAUUUGACACUCCUGUGCAUAUAAAAGUGGAAGGGUUGCGACCGAAACAGCAAGUUAUCUUCCGAGCUACCCUGACGGACGAAAAACAAGUUAAGUUUGUGUCUAGCGCUGACUUUGAGGUGGACGAUCGAGGUGUGCUGGACUUGGCUCAGUCGGCGGCUCUCGGUGGAGACUACAGUGGGGUUCAUCCCAUGGGAUUCAUGUGGGCGAUGAAAGCUCAGUCAGACUUGGGGAGGCUGAUAAGAAAGGAUAUCACUUCACCCUUCAAAGUGCUCCUUUCCGUACACGAUAAAACGUCCUGCGAGAAAGAUGCGCGGCCGCUGGCUUCCUGUAUUCACGAACGGGGGUUCCUCGGGGACGGGGUGCGGAGGAUCCCGGUGAGAGAGGGGCGGAUUCGGGCAAUAUUAUUUCUGCCGCCCGGGGAGGGCCCGUUUCCGGGGGUUUUGGAGCUGGGGGGCACCGCGGGGGGGAUGCUGGAGUCGCGGGCAUGUCUGCUGGCCAAUCACGGCUUCGCCACACUGUGCCUGGCCUACUUCUCCUACGACGACCUGCCCAAGAGGCUGCUGGACCUGCACCUGGAGUACUUCGAGGAGGCCCUGCAGUACUUCCAGAACGUGCCGCAGGUGAGGAAGGGGGGCGUGGGCAUCAUGGGCAUCUCUAAGGGGGCGGACCUGGCGCUGUCCAUGGCCAGCUUCCUGCCGGGCGUGCGGGCGGUGGUGAGUGUGAACGGCUGUAACGCUAACCUGCAGUGUCCGCUGCACUACGGGGAGCUGACCCUGCAGGGCCUGGGGCUGGACGCCGAGCGCAUCGUCAUCCGGGAGUCGGGCGUGCUCAACGUGCGGCACUGCUACCACGACCCCCGCGCGCCCGAGAACGCCGCCUGCCUGAUCCCCAUCGAGCGCGCCUCCGCCCGCUUCCUGUUCGUCAUCGCCCAGGACGACCAGGUGUGGGACGCGGAGGUGUACGCCCGACAGGCGGAGGAGCAGCUGCUGAGCCACGGCCGGAGCCGCCCCGAGAUCCUGCUCCUCCCCGGGGCCGGGCACCUCCUGGAGCCCCCCUACUUCCCCUCCUGCAGCGCCUCCUUCCACAAGUUUGUGGGCACCUCCGUGGAGUGGGGCGGGGCCCCCGUCUCACACAGCGCCGCCCAGGAGAAGUACUGGCAGCGAAUCAGAGAGUUCUUCCUGGAGAAUCUGGGAGGGGCGGGGCCAAGUAAGCUCUGAGCGAAGCAGAGGGCUCAUUCCAAGUGGAAAUUGAUCAAGGUCCACCAUCUUGACGGCCAAUCCAAUCCAUGAAAUCUAAAGCUAAAAGUAGUCCCAAUCUUUCCUUUGAGCAAGAAAACAUAAGCGCAUCCUUUGCAGAAGGAUGUAUAAGUGAUUGACCUGUGGAUCCCUCUCUCCCCAUCUGCCAUGUCUGUAAUUGACAUUUGAAGGUGCAAGAACAAUUCCAUCUGCCUGAUUCAUGUUUCUCGAUUUCCCAGUUUUCACCUGUUCUGAGCUCAGGUAGAGAUACUGCUCACCUGUUCUGAGCUCAGGUAGAGAUACUGCUCACCUGUUCUGAGCUCAGGUAGAGAUACUGCUCACCUGUUCUGAGCUCAGGUAGAGAUACUGCUCACCUGUUCUGAGCUCAGGUAGAGAUACUGCUCACCUGUUCUGAGCUCAGGUAGAGAUACUGCUCACCUGUUCUGAGCUCAGGUAGAGAUACUGCUCAUCUGUUUGCCGCACGCAUCCGAUUCAAGGCCCUAGUGUUGGCAUUUCAGGCUGCUAAGGGGACUGCCCCACAUUACAUACAAUCCCUGAUCACUCCCUACUCCCCAGCUAGACCACUCCGGUCUGCCAGCUCUGGUCGCCUUAUGGUUCCCUCUCUACGUGCACCUGGCGGUCGAGCUGCACGUUCACGCCUGUUUUCCGUUCUGGUUCCUCAGUGGUGGAAUGACUUGCCUACCACUGUCAGGACAGCAGAAUCCCUCCCCCUAUUUCGACGCAGACUCAAAACACACCUCUUCAAACUCUACCGUAGUCCUCCCUCCUGAUUUACCCCGCCCCCCCCUUCUGAUACCCCUAUCCCUGUCUAACCCCCCCCAAAAAAAUAAUAAAAAAAUAAAUAAAAUUGCACUUAUGAUGACGACUAUAUGUUUAGAACAGCAGUCCAGGUGUAUUUUUCUAGUUCUGGAUGUGAUGCUUUGACUUGUGGUAGAACCUAUGCACUUGUAAGUCGCUUUGGAUUAAAAGCGUCUGCCAAAUGACUAAAAUGUAAAUGUAAAUCUGUUCUGAGCUCAGGUAGAGAUACUGCUCACCUGUUCUGAGCUCAGGUAGAGAUACUGCUCACCUGUUCUGAGCUCAGGUAGAGAUACUGCUCACCUGUUCUGAGCUCAGGUAGAGAUACUGCUCACCUGUUCUGAGCUCAGGUAGAGAUACUGCUCACCUGUUCUGUAGAUAAUUAACAGUGGCCUGAAAUGUGAUGUGAAAGACUGAUAUCAAAUAAAUGGUAAACAUGUUCUCCCCAACCACAGAUGAACUGAUGCACUGUCGCCACCUAAAUGGGGGACAAUUACUUUAUGCCAAUAGUAGCAAGAUCCUGCACAGCUAACAUUACCUCACUACAUUAAUUCAGCACAAGGUCCUAUGUGGAGAGAUGUAAUUACAGUGGAAGUUUGCAGUGCUGUGGCCUGGCUGGCCUGAUUGGUGUGAGCCAGACCAGCAUGUCAGGACUCCCUGAGGAAGAGGAACACCAGUGCGAGUUAACAACGCUACGUUAGAAUGUGUAUUUUGGUUCUUGGCUAACUGUCUAUACUCAUAACAUAAGGGAUACCGGUUUGGUGUGACGCUGUGUUAUCACUGUUUUAUUGCUUUUAUUUUCGUUAUCAAAGCAUACGAAAUUCAGGAUUGCAUCAACAAAGAUGACUAGUUUGCCGACUUGCAUACGUUUCUAACGUUAAUUUCCAUGUAAAUGACUGACUUGCUGAAGGGGCAGACGUAAUGAAGGCGUGUCAAACCGAGACGAACGGCGCCACCAUGUGAUGGCCACGUAAUACUACAGCGUGACACAAUGUUUUUACGACACAGACCACCGCUUGGUUUCAGUUACUGCUGCUAAAGGUGGGGUGCCAACAGUUACGUUUAAGGGGGCAAUUACUUUUUCACACAGGUGAUAUGGGAGUUUUUCAU